CAUAACAUCGACUGCGGAACGUUUAGCUGGAAGGGUUGUAGGUAUAUAAAUACAUCAGCGUAGGUGGCGGGGUAGACGUCCGCCUUUUCAGUGUUUUAGGCAAAGGGACCUAUCGUUCGCUCAGCAGUACAUUUUCUUCGUGCUUGUACUUGAAGGGGCAUUUGUCGCAGGCAUGGUGGACAGCGUGUACCGCACACGCUCGCUCGGCGUGGCCGCCGUGGGGCUUCCGGACCAGUAUGCCGACGGCAAGGCGGCCAAAGUCUGGCAGAUGUACAUCGGGGACACCCGCAGCCGCACUGAAGAGUACAAGAGCUGGGUGCUGUCGCUGCUCAGGCAGCAUAGCUGCCGGCGGGUGCUGGAUGUGGCCUGCGGCACCGGUGUCGACUCCAUCAUGCUUGUGGAGGAAGGCUUCAACAUGGUGAGUGUGGAUGCCAGUGACAAGAUGCUGAAAUACGCCCUCAAGGCCCGCUGGGAGAGAAGGAAAGAACCUGCCUUUGACCAGUGGGUGAUCGAGGAGGCCAAUUGGCUGACGCUACCGCAGGAUGUGCAAAAACCGGACAGCGGCUUUGAUGCUGUCAUCUGCCUGGGAAACUCCUUCGCCCACUUGCCAGAUUUCAAAGGGGACCAGAGCGACCAAAAGCUGGCUCUUCAGAACAUCGGCAGUAUGGUGAAGCCUGGAGGAAUCCUCAUCAUCGACCAUCGGAACUACGACUACAUCCUGGAGACUGGCAGGGCCCCCCAGGGGAAGAACAUCUACUACCAGAGUGACCUGACCAAGGACAUCUCCACAUCAGUGCUGUGGGUGAACAGCAAGCCCCACAUGAUCACACUGGACUACACGAUACAAGUGCCCCUGGAGGCUGGUCAGGGAAGCUCACCUGAGCUCAGCAAGUUCCGCCUGUCUUACUACCCUCACCGCCUGGAGAACUUCAAGGAGUUACUGAAAGGGGCCUUCGAGGGCAAGUGUGAGCAGAGCAUUUACGGCGACUUCAAGAGCUAUGUGCCGGGCCAGACGCAGCCACCCUGCUACUUCAUCCAUGUGGUGAAGAAGAGCACCUAGCUGCCUCCACACUGCUACACCCACUGACUCUCCCUCAUUUUCCCCCUCUCUGCCCAGAUGUUUCCUCAGGGAUCCCACCCUUAUCCCCCUAACACCGGCCUCCCCCUCCUGCUUGUGCAGAGAUGGCAUGGGGUAGGGGAUUUGUAUCCCCUGUAUCGCUUUAAUCGAAAAUGGGGGGGGUUUCCUAAUUCCGGAUAGAACUCCACCAUGUUCACAAACAGGAAUCUCUUCCUAGGCGGGAGUCCUGUAAUUCCCAGCUGUUGGUCCUCGGGGCACUGUUUUAUUCUAACCUUCACCUUCUACUCCUUCCUUCAUCGUGAUUUUCCUAAGGCUGCUUAUAGAUUUUCCAAGGCAGCAACAGAUUUUUACUUGACCUUUUUAAUUGUUGGGAUGCAUCAUGUAUGACAUCAGUAACGUUCCCCUGAAUCUCCUGCUCAUAGAUAUCACACAAUGAUCACCUGCUCCCUGGUCCCCUAAAGAGUCUCUGUCCUCUAGGCAAGACGAAAAACGAUUUGUGCAUUUGGCUGAAGCCGUGAUCGAAGCAGGGCCAGUUUCCGAGAUUACAGGAAUGACUACUAAUGUGUGCCAGGAUAACCUGAGCACUGUGGUUUUCUGAUCUUAGUCACCAGUAGCUCUUAGUAGAGGGACGCCUCAUUGCCCACUGACAGACCUGAUCACGGAGGUCCGAAGGUUUGGUUGAACCCAAAGCCAGAACUCUAGAACCAUAGUGGUGAUGUUAGCUGCCUACUUUAACAUCAUUGUUCCUGUAAAGUCUCAGUUCUUGACCGGGUUCCUUGGCCUGGCUAUAGUGCGUUUCGUUCUGAAAUUGAGAGGAUAAUGUGGGGCUUUGUCUCCAUCUGCUGGAAGUGAAUACAAUUGCUUGCUGAUUCAAUGCUGAUUUACGGAAUAGGUUUCUGAUGUCACUGCGAGGGUGUGGAUAAGCUUCUUAAGUUUCUAUGAAUUCUCUUUGUUGGUCUGUCACUUUCUUAAUAAUCAAUGUACUCUGUACAUAUAAAUUGACUUUCCUUGUUCUCGAGCCCUUAAGCUAUAGUGGAUGUUUACAGUGUUGCUGUGCGAUUAAAAAGGUAGAUUUUUAUAUCUGUUGUUGAUACCAUCAACAACAAAAAAAUGACAGCUUUAAAGUGAGCUUAAAAAGCUUUAAGGUGCUAUGGUACAGCAUAUUUGAUACGGUUUGACCACUUAAGCCAUCGGUUUUUGUACCAUUGACUGAUGGUGUUGCCAAUGACAUCACACCCGACAGCUCAACAGGUUGUAAAAUGCCCACGAUUGGGGGCAUUUUAAGCAAAUAAAUGCUGAGGACAAACAA